UUUCAUCAUCCUCUCUUUUCCCUGCUGCUGCACAGGUUUGCUGUGAGUGUUGGCUACUGGAAGGACCCUUACAUCCAGUAUUUUGUGAGACAAGCCAAAGAAAGGAAAGCACCUGAGAUCAACAGAGGUUAUUAUGCUCGUGUGCAUGGGGUCAGUUACCUGAUCAAGGCUUUCCUAGAGAAGACAGAAUGCAACUGUCAGAUUGUUAACCUUGGGGCUGGCAUGGACACCCUGUUCUGGAGGCUGAAGGAUGAAAAUCUUCUCCCUAGAAAAUAUUUUGAAGUGGAUUUUCCAAUGAUCGUUGCAAGAAAAAUACAUAAUAUCAAAUCAAAACCUCCCCUGUCAAAACCAAUUAUGGAAUCCCAUUCAGGGGACUCUCUUCUAAUAGAUUCCCACAGCCUGGACUCCAGUCGAUAUUCCAUAGUGGGGGCAGACCUCCGUUUCUCAUCAGAUCUGGAGGAAAAGCUAAAGAAACACAGCUUGGAUGUACAUUUGCCAACGCUGCUGGUGGCCGAGUGUGUGCUGGUUUACAUGACCCCCCAGCAGUCUGCAAACCUGCUCAAGUGGGCAGCAAGCACCUUCCCCGUGGCCAUGGUUAUCAAUUAUGAGCAGGUGAACAUGAGGGACCGCUUUGGGCAGAUCAUGAUCGAGAACCUGCAGCGCCGGCAGUGCAACCUGGCCGGGGUGGAGCUCUGCAGCUCCCUGGACUCUCAGAGGGAACGGCUGCUGGUUAAUGGCUGGGAAAACGCCCGUGCCAUCGAUAUGAUGAAGGUGUACAGCUUCCUGCCACAGGCUGAUGUCAAAAGAAUAGAAGCCCUUGAAUUCCUGGAUGAAAAGGAACUGUUUGAACAACUGAUGCAGCACUACUGCAUCUGCUGGGCUUGCAAGGACAGCAGCAACCUGGGUCUGGCAAACAUCGACUUCUGAGGGGAGGGGAGCCCUGUGGAGCCCCAUGGACGUGGAGAGGAUGGGAUUUGCACGUGGCAGCCCCGGGCUGUGGCUGGGACAGCUCCUGCUGCUGCUGCUGGGGACGGGCCUGGUGCCCUGGGGUGGUUUCAAGGAACAUUUUCUGUGAGCAGGACUUGCCUCCCGUUCCCAUCUGUCUAACGGUGCACAAGGUGUCAGUAACUCCUGUGUAAAGCUUGCCUUCCUUAGUUUAAAGCUGAAAGUGAAGUGUUGUUGGGUUCUUUGGUUUCCCUCUCCCGUGUUUUUGUGGAUGUGUAGCCGGUGUUGGUGGCAGGAGCCUGGGGAGCAGCGCUGGGCAGCUGCAGCAGAGGGAGCCUGCCCUGGGUGGGCAGGGAGGGAAUUCUGUGCAUUCUGUUCUGGUCAGGUCAGAUUCUGAUGAAGUGUGUUGGCUUCUCCAGGCUUCACUGCUGCUCACUGUCACUGCUGGGUGUUCCUGGAGGGGAAGAAUGAAGGAGAAGGAGGGUCCUGGCUGUGUUCAGCGAUGUACAAGAAACUG